AUACAAAUAUUGGGGGGAGAGAGAGAGGCGGAGACGUGUGUGUUGUGGAGGGCAGUACGCUUCCGUUUCGGUCUUACGCAGCUCCGAACAAUUCGAAGUUCCUAUAAUUUUCACUUUCUACUCACACACAUACAGAUCUAUGGCUUUUUGUUCUUCCAGCUUCUCCUAGCUUUUCUCACUUUAGUUAUUCUUCUUCCUUCUCUCUUCCAUUUCCAUUCAGAUCCCACUCGGAUUUUCCAUUUCUGCAACUCCCCUUUCUUGUUUCUUCUGAUUUUGUUGCCGAUUCUGUGGCCUCAAUUGGCCCCGCUUCUUGCCAUUGGCGCAUUAUGGCACCCAAACCAAGUUCAGCAGAUGGUAGGACCAGGAGCUCUAUCCAAAUUUUUAUAGUUGUAGGUUUGUGUCUUUUCUUCUACAUACUAGGCGCAUGGCAGAGGAGUGGAUUUGGGAAGGGAGAUAGUAUAGCUAUGGAGAUUACUAAGAGUGGAUCGGAUUGCAAUAUAAUUUCAAAUUUAAAUUUUGAGACUCAUCACGGAGGUGAGGCUGAGAGUAAUGAGUUGGUAUCAAAAUCAAAAAUAUUUGAGCCAUGUGGUGCUCAAUACACUGAUUAUACCCCUUGUCAAGAUCAGAGGCGUGCAAUGACCUUCCCCAGGAAUAACAUGAUUUAUCGUGAGAGACAUUGCCCAGCUGAGGAAGAAAAGUUGCAUUGCCUGAUACCAGCUCCCAAAGGAUAUGUAACUCCCUUCCCUUGGCCAAAAAGUCGAGAUUAUGUGCCAUUUGCAAAUGCCCCAUAUAAGAGUUUGACCGUUGAGAAGGCUGUGCAGAACUGGAUUCAGUAUGAAGGCAAUGUUUUUAGGUUUCCUGGUGGAGGAACUCAGUUUCCUCAAGGGGCCGAUAAGUAUAUUGAUCAACUUGCUGCUGUGAUUCCUAUAACAAAUGGGACAGUUAGGACUGCUCUCGAUACUGGUUGCGGGGUUGCCAGUUGGGGUGCGUAUCUUCUAAGUAGACAUGUGCUAGCCAUGUCAUUUGCACCACGAGACUCUCACGAAGCACAGGUUCAAUUUGCUCUUGAAAGAGGAGUGCCUGCAGUUAUUGGUGUUCUGGGUACUAUUAAGCUGCCUUAUCCAUCUAGAUCCUUUGACAUGGCUCACUGUUCUCGCUGCUUAAUCCCUUGGGGUGGAAAUGAUGGAACAUACCUAAUGGAAGUUGAUCGAGUUUUGAGGCCGGGUGGUUAUUGGGUGCUUUCGGGUCCCCCAAUCAACUGGAAGACUAAUUAUAAGUCAUGGCAGCGUCCUAGAGAUGAACUUGAGGAGGAGCAGAGAAAGAUUGAGGAUAUUGCCAAACUUCUUUGCUGGGAAAAGAAGUUUGAGAAGGGUGAAAUUGCUAUUUGGCAGAAGAGAGUAAAUACUGAUUCAUGCCCUGACCGACAGGAUGAUUCUCGUGAUAUCUUUUGCAAAUCUCCAGUAUCAGAUGAUGUCUGGUAUGAAAAAAUGGAGACCUGUGUCACUCCAUAUCCUAAUGUUGAGAGCGCUGAUGAGGUUGCUGGUGGUGAACUGAAGCCAUUUCCUUCAAGGCUUUAUGCUGUACCUCCUAGAAUUUCUAGUGGAUCUGUUCCUGGAAUUUCUGUUGAGGACUAUCACGAGGACAAUAAUAAAUGGAAGAGGCAUGUGAAGGCUUAUAAGAAGAUCAAUAAACUUAUUGAUACUGGAAGAUAUCGUAAUAUUAUGGAUAUGAAUGCUGGUUUGGGAAGCUUUGCUGCAGCCCUUGAAUCUUCUAAACUAUGGGUUAUGAAUGUUGUACCCACCAUAGCUGAGAAGAAUACUCUUGGUGUCGUCUUUGAACGUGGAUUAAUUGGCAUCUACCAUGACUGGUGUGAAGCUUUCUCCACCUAUCCUAGGACGUAUGACCUCAUUCAUGCCCAUGGCCUUUUCAGUUUGUACAAGGACAAAUGCAACAUGGAGGACAUUCUUCUGGAGAUGGACAGGAUUUUGAGACCUGAAGGAGCAGUGAUAUUCCGAGAUGAAGUCGAUGUACUUGUUAAGGUAAAGAAGAUGAUAGGAGGAAUGAGAUGGGAUGCAAAAAUGGUGGAUCACGAGGACGGUCCCCUCGUGCCUGAGAAAGUGCUGAUUGCUGUGAAACAGUACUGGGUUGUAGGAGGAAACAACUCCACAUCACACUGAAAUCUCUUUUAAACUUAUGGCUGCUUACAACAUUCCCUCACUCACUCAAAACAAACAGCGCCCUCCUCCCACGAAUGUUAGUGCUGUUGGCUGCACACCAACGGAGGGAAGUGGGGAACACAGAGACCCAGCUAGCUUGCAGGUGCGCUUUGUUUCACUUUUUUGAGCCUUUUAUGGACAAAGACAAUCAAUGCCUUACCUCCCAUUUUUAUGUCCUUAUUUUGUUGUACUCAAUUUAUUAUCCAUAUACACACCCCUUUCUAAGAGAGAAACAUCCAAGUCCGGUUCAGAAACAUCGAAGUCGGGUUGUGUAAUUUUAUUCUGUUACUAAUUUAUUUAAUGCCUAUAUCUUUUGGUAAUUUCA